GGAAUACUUCUACUAUUUAAAGCUUAGCUCUUAACAAAUUUCGAUAUUUUUUUCGCUGUAAGCUGCCUAAGCUCGCAACUUUCUUGCAUUUUAUUCCAAAAUCUCACUUGAGUUUCCCUUGUUUACUGUGUUCAGACCCGGUUUAUUACCGAGUUCCUCCCGAUUUAUCCAAUGGAGAGAGCAGGCUAUCGAGGCGGAGGAAGAGGUGGUCAUGGUGGUAGGUACGGUGGUGGUAGAGGAGGUUAUGGAAGGGGAGGAAGAGAUGAUGGUCGUAGUGGCGGGUAUGAUGGUGGUCGCGCUGGCGGGUAUGGUGGCGCUGGUCGCGCUGGCGGGUAUGAUGGCGCUGGUCGUGCUGGCUAUCCACGUCAGCAUUGGAGAUCAAACAAUCAAGGUAGCGGUGGUGGUCCUCCACCCGGUCAAAGUGUUGGUGGACUAGGGGGCACAAGGGGUGAUGGAUCACAUUCAGAGCGGCAUGGAGGUGCUCCAACCAGUCAAAGUGUUGAAAUGGGGCCUAGAAGGGGCUGGGAAGUCCGUGGUGGUAGUGAAGAAGGAAGGAGAGACCAGGUGUCAGAAACUGGGGGAGGAAAGGGACCUUCAAGAACUGUUAAUGUGAGUCCAUCUAGCAAUUGGGCUUCUGGUUCUAGUUCUUCUGGUGAUCUUGAACCUAGUCCUAAUGUGCCAAAAGGAUUGGCUUCUGUCAGUGCUAAUAGGAUUAGUCCAGUUCUACGACCAGAUAAAGGUGGCAAACUGGCUGUCCAAACUCCUAGACUUCUUGUAAAUCAUUUUCUUGUCAAGUUCAAUCCUAAGAGCAUCAUACGGCAUUAUGAUGUUAAUAUCAAGCAAGAAGUGCUUCCAAAGCAUGGCAGGCCUGGGAAAAUUUCAAAGUCCAAUUUAGCAAUGAUCAGGGAUAAGUUAUUUGCUGAUGAUCCUUCUUCGUUUCCUCAUGCUAUGACUGCUUAUGACGGGGAGAAGAACAUUUUCAGUGCAGUUUCCUUGCCCACUGGAACAUUUAAAGUGCAGGUCUCUGAGGCAGAAGAUGCCAAACCACGUUCUUACCUGUUUACCAUAAAGCUUGUGAAUGAACUUGAGCUGAACAAGCUGAAGGAUUACUUGGACGGGAAACUUCGCUCAACACCUCGUGACAUAUUGCAAGGUAUGGAUGUCGUGGUGAAGGAGCACCCAGCUAGGACAAUGAUCUCUGUUUCCCGUAGCUUACAUUCUGUUAGAGAUCAUCAAAUUCACCUUGGGCAUGGAAUCAUAGCAUCUAGAGGGUGCCAACAUAGCCUCAAAGCGACCUCCCAAGGCAUAGCUUUAUGCUUGGACUAUUCUGUUCUGUCAUUUCAUGAGCCACUUUCUGUGAUAGAAUUCUUGACAAAACACAUUUCUGGGUUUAAUUUAAAUAAUUUUAGAAGGUUUCGGAGGGCUGUGGAAGGUGUGCUGAAGGGACUGAAAGUUAGAGUGACUCACCGUGUCACCAAACAAAAAUAUGUUAUUACAGGGUUGACGAGAGAUGAUGCUCAAUAUAUUACAUUUCCUCAAGAAGAUCCAGAUGGCAAGGCUUCCCAGAAUGUUAGGCUUGUUGAAUAUUUCAGGCAAAAAUAUCACAGGGAUAUAGUGCAUCAAGAUAUCCCAUGCCUAGAGAUGAAAAGCAAGAUGAAGAACUAUGUACCAAUGGAGUUCUGUGUCUUGGUUGAGGGGCAAGUAUUUCCAAAAGAGUAUCUGAGGGAAACUGAAGCCAAGAUGUUGAAGAAAUUCUCACUAGCAAAUCCAAAGGAUAGACAGAGAACAAUAUGCAGGAUGGUGCAGGAUGGAGAUGGACCUUGUAGUGGAGAGAUUAUCCGAAAUUUUGGAGUAGAAGUCAGCAAGAAUAUGACCUCAUUGAUGGGUCGUGUGAUUGGGCCACCUGAAUUGAAGGUAGGUGCCCCCGAUGGCAGGGUGAUUAAAAUACCAGUUGACAAGGAGAAGUGCCAAUGGAAUCUUGUUGGGAAAGGAGUGGUUGAAGGGAAACCAAUUGAGCGAUGGGCUGUUCUUGACUUCAGCUCUGAUGAUUAUCAUGACCAAUUAAAUCCGCGCCGAUUCAUCCCUAAGCUGAUUGCUCGAUGCCAGAAUCUGGGGAUUCGCAUGGAGGAGCCUCUCUUUUAUCAACCUACUAGCAUGCGGAAGUUCUCUAAUGUUGAUGUGCUUCGUGAACAACUUGAAACAGUCAAUGAACAGGCUCACAAAAGCUGCGGAGGCCAGUUGCAAUUUCUUCUGUGUGUCAUGUCAAGGAAGGAUCCUGGUUACAAGUAUCUCAAAUGGAUUUCUGAAACCAAAGUUGGUAUUGUGACACAAUGUUGUUUGUCCACUCCUGCAAAUGAAGGAAAGGAUCAGUACCUUGCCAAUCUUGGUCUCAAGAUUAAUGCUAAGCUUGGAGGAAGCAAUGCAGAGCUCAGUGGCAGACUCCCGUACUUUGGGAAUGAAAACCGUGUCAUGUUUAUUGGGGCUGAUGUCAAUCAUCCUGGUGCUCAAAACAAAAGUAGUCCAUCCAUUGCAGCUGUUGUUGGUACUAUAAAUUGGCCAGCUGCAAACCGCUAUGCAGCUCGAGUUCGUCCUCAGUAUCAUCGUAAAGAGCAGAUUCUGAAUUUUGGUGAUAUGUGCUUGGAGCUUGUUGAAUGUUAUUCCCGGCUCAAUAAAGCAAAACCUGAGAAGAUUGUGAUUUUUCGUGAUGGGGUCAGUGAGGGCCAGUUUGAUAUGGUUCUUAAUGAAGAGUUAGUGGACAUCAUGAAGGCAUUCAAGUCAAUCAAUUACACCCCAACCAUAACACUCAUUGUUGCCCAGAAACGGCACCAGACUCGUCUUUUUCCUGGGGAUGAGGGAUCUACUGGCAAUGUGUCUCCAGGCACAGUUGUGGACACAACAAUUGUUCAUCCUUUUGAGUAUGACUUUUACCUCUGUAGCCACUACGGAAGCCUUGGGACAAGCAAGCCCACACAUUAUUAUGUUCUAUGGGAUGAGCAUGGUCUCAGUUCGGAUGACUUGCAGAGGCUCAUAUACAACUUGUGCUUCACAUUUGCUCGUUGCACAAAACCUGUGUCAUUAGUCCCACCAGUCUACUAUGCUGACCUUGUUGCUUAUAGAGGAAGGCUUUACCAUGAGGCAGUAAUGGAAGGGCAGUCUCCAUCUUCAUCAUCUUCAAGGACUCCAUCAUCACUUUCAACAGCAGCUUCGCUGGAAGAGAGGUUCUUUACGCUGCAUGCAGACCUGGAAAACAUCAUGUUUUUUGUUUGAAAAUCUACAGGCAAGUCUCCAUCUCUUUUGGCAGUGAAGGAGAUAGCCAACGAUUCUCUUUUUUGGAAAUGAUGUUACACGAGCUUGGACCUUUACUAGGCAAAUCAAGUAGUGGAGUUUGUGCGUGAAUCUAACUAUCUGGAAACUCCUCUGUAUUUCCCAUGGUUCCACAGACUAUGGGAAUUGGAGGAAUGACAUGUCAUUUAGGUUUGUUUUCCGUUUGGAAGGUUCGUUUUCUGUGUGUUUUCUCAUCGUAUCUUGGUUGCUAUUACUAAGCUUCAUGUGCGUUAAGAUGUUUGAUGGCACUACAGUUCUUGACAUUGUUGCUGGUUUCGAAUUUGAAACUACGUUCCUUUUGAUGCUGCUCAGAUGCCUCGGUGAUUGAUCCUUUGUUUC